GAAAAUGAAUUUACAAAUUGAUCAAAAGGAGUGGUUCAAAGUGACGGAAUAUUUACCGACCUCUUAGCUUUUUUCUAUUAUAUAAGACACCUUUGCUCUUCCUUACCUUCCAUCGAUCGAUCAACUCGACCUUGAGAUAUUAGAAAUUUGUUCAAUCACUAACAGUAUUUUAGUAGUGUUCUAAGGGAAGAAAUGGCUCAGCUUCGAAGUGUUGAAGGCCAAGUUGAGCUCAAGUGUCAUGCUGACAAUUUCUUUGAUGUUUGGGCUGGCAAAGCUCACCUUAUUUCCAAAAUAAGCCCUAACAAAAUUGCCAAAGUUGAGCUUGUUGAGGGCGAGUGGAAUAAGGUUGGUGCUGUCAUUAGCUGGACAUAUCUCAUCGAUGAUAACGGUGAAACUUCAUUAAUUUCCGCCAAGACAAGAGUUGAAGAGCUGAAUUUCAAGAACAGGUCGUUGAGCUAAAAUAUCCUUGACGGAUAUGUCAUGCAAAGUUACUACAAGUCCUUCAAGCCCAAGAUGGAAGUCAUUCCACGGCGAGGGCUGCAUUAUGAAGUGGAGCAUUGAAUAUGAGAAGAUGAACGAGGAUGCUGCUGAACCAAAAAUGCACGUUGCUUUAUCACUCGAGCUUGCAAAAGAAAUCGAUGCUCAUGGUUGCAGCGCUUGAUGAUGAAGAUAAGCCAUUGCGCAUGCUUUCACGCUUAUGCAUGGUGCAUUACAUUGACGGAGUAUAUUACAAGUUUACAACUAGCUGCCUUACUAUAAAUAAUAAAUGGGCAAGCCAUGCUAUAUUUGGCUAUUGUUAAGUGAAAAAAAAAAUAAAAAAAAAUAAAAUCGAGCGAAUGAAGAAGAACGAAGAGCUGAAGAACAAACUAGAAAAUGAAAUCAACUCCGCAGAAGAAACGCAACGAGCUAUACAUGCUCUGAUACCAUGUUAAAAACUGAAGUUCGAAGCUCAAACAAUCAUCAAUGGCAGAACCAAGGUGAUUUCACCAUUGAAGCUUUGCACAAAUCAGAGAUGAAAUGUAGAGAGAGAAAAGUGUUUGAGAGAAGUUAAUUUUUGUGUGAUUUGAUUAAGAAGAAAUAAUGAUAACAGCUGAGUAUUUAUACAAGAAAGUAAAUAGCAUAAUUUCCUCAACAAAUUAGUAUUAGUUGUAACAAACUAGUGAGCUGGCAAAGUUUGUGUUUGUUAUAGCUGAUUUUCUCUUUACUCUGCUUCUAAACUGUUCUCAACAUAACUAAAAUUUUAAU